AAUGCACACCAAAAGUUGAUAUAAGAAGAAGAAGAAUAGACGGAAGACUACUACACUAUUUACACAUUUUAAGAUGAGAUGUGCGAAAUAAACCGCAUCGAAUGUGGAAUCCCCAGAAUUGCUUCCAGGACGUUCACGUUUGAAGACAGCAGGAAAGACACGCAGUUUGAAGACAGCAGGAAAGACACGCAGUUUGAAGACAGCAGGAAAGACACGCAGUUUGAAGACAGCAGGAAAGACACGCAGUUUGAAGACAGCAGGAAAGACACGCAGUUUGAAGACAGCAGGAAAGACACGCAGUUUGAAGACAGCAGGAAAGACACGCAGUUUGAAGACAGCAGGAAAGACACGCAGGAGCGACUGAGCGUGUUCAUACCGGAGGUGGUGGAUGCCCAGUACGGCACGUACGUGUGGCCCAGUGCGGUGGUGCUGGCUCAGUAUGUGUGGAGCAGAAGACUGGACCUGAAGGAGCAGACGGUGUUGGAGCUGGGUGCAGGAGUCAGUCUUCCAGGUGUGGUGGCGGCCAAGUGCGGUGCAAAGAUCAUCCUUUCUGACGACGCCAACACGUUGCUAUGGCAACACACCUGCAGACGCAGCUGUGAUGCCAACAACCUGCAUGAGGUGCUCACGCUGCCUCUCACCUGGGGGGACAUCUCAGCACACCUGGCCCUGCUUGCACCGCUCCACCUCAUCUUGGGAUCAGAUGUUUUCUACGAGCCUGCAGAUUUUGAAGACAUCCUGGUCACAGUUGUGUUUCUUCUGCAAAAGAACCCCACAGCUGAGUUUUGGAUGACGUAUCAGGAACGGAGUGCUGAUUGGACCAUUGAGGCCUUGCUGCACAAGUGGAAACUGACAUGUGUCCAUGUUGAUCUGGAAUCUUUUGAUGCCAACAAGUGUGAGCUGGCAGGAUCAAGUCUACCAGGGAACCACAACAUUCAAAUGAUCCUGAUCAGGCUCUGCACAGACCAGGAGAUGUGAACCAUGGUCGUGUUCCUUGUUCCACACCAUCCCGGCUGGUCUCUCAUGCCAACAGGAGUUCAUAGAGAUGUCCACAGUGAAAAUGCGUCACGAGACCUGAAGGACCGUAAAGCUGGCAAAUACUUCAAACACUACAUUGUUUGAAAUGGGAGAACCAUGACCUCAACCGUGUGACUAUUGUCAAUAAAGAGCCCUUCAUCACAAAUGUUUCAAAGGGCUGCGUCCACAAAUCUUCAGUCUGUCUUGUGGUUUUGCUCAGUGGUUGGUUAGUUAUGUUGCUUCAUGUAGUAUAUAUAUGUGUGUAUAUGUACAUAUACUACAUAAGGGAAGUUCUGUGGUCAGAUGAAACAAAAAUGGUCACAAUACCCAGCAAUAUGUUUGGAGGAGAAAAGGUGAGGCCUUUAAUCCCAGGAACACCAUUCCUACCGUCAAGCAUGGUGGUGGUAGUAUUAUGCUCUGGGCCUGUUUUGCUGCUUUAAAUGGGACAAUGAAAAAGGAGGAUUAGCUCCAAAUUGUUCAGGACAAGCUAAAAUCCUCAGCCCGGAGGUUGGGUCUUGUUGGGUGUUCCAACAGGACGAUGACCCCAAACACACCUCAAAAGUGGUAAAGGAAUGGCUAAAUCAGGCUAGAAUGAAGGUUUUAGAAUGGCCUUCCCAAAGUCCUGACUUAAAGGUGUGGACAAUGCUGAAGAAACAAGUCCAUGUCAGAAAAGCAACACAUUUAGCUGAACUGCAGCAAUUUAGUGGUCAAGCAGCAGCUUGUGGAUGGUUACCAAAAGUGUCUUAUUGCAGGUAAACUUGCCAAGGGACAUGUAAGCAAAUAUUAACAUUGCUGUAUGUAUACUUUUGACCCUCACAUUUUCAG